AUGGAGCGGCUGCCGGCGGGCGCGGCGGUGGCGCUGCGGGGCGGCUGCCCGGGGGACCCCAGCUGCGGCCCCUGGGAGAUGCAAGGGCGGCUGGGCGCCGGGGGCUUCGGCAACGUCUCCCUCUACCAGCACCGGGAGUCCGGCGCCCGCCUGGCGGUGAAGGCUUGCCGGCUGGAGCUGAGCGCCCGACACCAGGAGCGCUGGCGCCACGAGCUGCAGAUCCUGCGCAGCUUGGACCAUCCGAACGUGGUGAAGGCCCUGGAGCUGCCGGAGGAGCUGGAUUUCCCCGUGAACGGCGUACCCCUUCUGGCCAUGGAGUAUUGCUCCAGGGGGGACCUCAGGAAGCUGCUGAAUGCCCCCGAGAACUGCUGUGGUCUUAAGGAAAGCCAAAUCCUUUCGGUGCUGAGUGACAUUGGGUCUGGCAUCCAGUAUUUGCACGAAAACAGAAUCAUUCAUAGAGAUCUUAAGCCAGAAAAUAUUGUCCUCCAGGAUGAAGCUGGGAAGAUAAUCUACAAGAUCAUAGACCUGGGAUACGCCAAGGAUCUGGAUCAAGGGAGCUUAUGCACCUCUUUCGUGGGGACCCUGCAGUACUUGGCCCCUGAACUCUUUGAUAACAACUCUUACACCAUGACGGUGGAUUUCUGGAGCCUGGGGACGGUCGUCUUCGAGUGCAUCACGGGGUUCAGGCCCUUCCUGCACAACCAGCAGCCCUUCAGCUGGCAUGAGAAGAUCAAGAAGAAAGACCCCAAGUGCAUUUUUGCCUGGGAAGAGAUGACGGGGGAAGUUAGAUUUAGUGCUUAUUUGCCAACUCCAAACAGCUUGUGCAGGUCCGAAAAUAUUAUGUUUGCAAGGAAAUGUUUUGAUUUUGUAAUUUCUCUUCUUUACCAGAAAGGCUGGGAUAGCUACAUGGUAUAUUUAUUUGAUAAGAGCAAAACUACCUAUGAAGGCCCUUUUGCUUCUAGGACGCUUUCUGACUGCGUAAAUUAUAUUGUGAAGGACAGCAAAAUCCAGCUGCCCGUUUUCCAGCUUCGGAAGAUCUGGGCUGAAGCCGUCCACUACGUCAUCGGCCUGAAGGAAGACUACAGCCGCCUCUUCCAGGGCCAGAGAGCCGCCAUCCUCAGAGAAAAUGUUAAAAGCUUGGAAAGAUAUGGAAGAAAAAGCUUCACUGUGCGAAAAGGUGGCGGAUAUCGGCUCCCUGGAUGAGCAGAUCAUGGCGCUGCAUACCGAAAUUGUGGAGCUGCAGAGAAGCCUCCACGUGCGACGUCAAAACGAUGUAAUGGAAAAUCUGGAGCAGAGAGCCAUUGAACUCUACAAGCAACUGAAAUCCAGGCCUCCAGACCACGUCUACAGCGACAGCACAGAGAUGGUCAAGAUCAUUGUCCAGACGGUCCAGAGCCAAGACUGGGUCCUCAAGGAGCUCUUCAGGCACCUCAGCAAAUUGCUGGGCUGCAAACAGAAGAUCAUCGACUUGCUUCCCAGCAUCGACGUGGCUCUGAACAGCAUCAAGGAGGCCGACAAUUCAGUCAUGCAAAUGCAGGGCAAACGGCAGAGAGAAAUCUGGCACUUGCUGAAAAUUGCUUGUACCCAGAGUUCGGCUCGAUCGGGCAGUUCCGCCGUGGAUGGUCCCGUCCCGUCUUCUGUGCCUGCCUGGCUCUGCCAAACUGCACCGGCCCACGUGCUGCAGCCGCUGCCUUUCGUGGAAGCCUCUAGAAACGCGUUGAAUUUUGCACAUUUGUUGGAAGAAAAUCUAAGCUAUCUUGACAGUUUUAGCGCCGUUAUACACGAAGCGAGGCACGACCAGAAUAGCAGCAUGAUGAGUCUGGACUGGAGUUGGCUGGGUUAGAGAGUCCGUGUUGCACAGCCGUAUUUGCAAAAAUGGGCCUUUUAACUUAAAAUACAUCUUUCCUUUGAAUUAAAGAAGGACCAGAUCGCA